AUGAUGGCGAUGUUUCGGAGUUUAGUCUCCGGCAACCAGACAAAACAGGCAGCGGCAUCGGGGGAAAACUUGGCGGAUUCGUACAGCUGUCCGAUCUGCUUGGAGGUGUACUACAAGCCCGUGUCAAUAGCGAGCUGUGGACAUGCGUUCUGUGGAGAAUGUUUGCAACCCUGCCUCCAAGUUGUGUCACCUCUGUGCCCUCUGUGCCGUAUGCCCUUUGACCCAAAAAAAGUAGAAAAGGCCUCUAACGUGGAAAAACAGCUGUCUUCGUAUAAGGCGCCCUGUCGAGGAUGCAAUAAAAAGGUGACUCUGGUGAAGAUGCGGUCUCAUAUAUCUUCCUGCAGCAAAGUUCAAGAGCAGAUGGACAACUGUCCAAAGUUUGUACCUGUUGUUCCAACCUCACAGCCCAUUCCCAGUAAUAUUCCAAACCGUUCCACAUUCGUUUGCCCAUACUGUGGGGCACGAAACCUUGAUCAACAAGAACUAGUGAAACACUGCAUGGAAAAUCAUCGCAGUGAUCCCAACAAAGUGGUAUGUCCAAUUUGUGUGGCAAUGCCAUGGGGAGAUCCAAGCUACAAGAGUGCCAACUUUCUCCAGCACUUGCUUCACAGGCACAAAUUCUCCUAUGAUACAUUUGUGGAUUACAGCAUCGACGAAGAUGCAGCAUUACAUGCAGCAAUAGCACUUUCACUUACCGAGAAAUAAAGCAGCUAUCUGCACAGAGAUCUAAGUGGACAACCUUUGUACAGGUUAACUCCUCUCUCCUGGGCAAAGGGUUUCAAUUUCCCAGCAUUCUGAAGGGUACUAUCAUCCUCUGCACAAGUCACCUUUUCUCAUCUGAGCAAAAGUAAUGUCCUCUCCCAGCAUUCACUAAGGUGCUGUCAUCCUCUGCACUGGUCCCUUCCUUACGUGUACAGAGGAAGUGUCAACGUCUUAGCAUUCUGUAGGGUACUGUCAUUUUCUGUAUAUCUGGAGAAAUAUCUUGCCCACUUGCAAGUAUUCAGUAGGGUGCUCUCAUGCUCAAUAAUAAUUAGCUUCUCACACGUGAGCACAGAUUAUGCUCACUUCUCAGCGUUCUGUAGGGUUGUCACAGCUCAGCCAGUCACAACCUCCACUCAAGCCUUUGUUUUAAACAUCUGUGUGUAUGGAUAUACUGGGUAUAAACUUAAUCACAUUUUUCUAUACUGAUGGGGGAGGGACUUAAUAUAAAUGGGAUGUUUGACUUUAAAGUGUGUUUUUAAUUUUAGGGUCAUUCUGGUCAUUUUGUGGAUUUUAAGAAAGAAUAUUUCAAAACUGGUACAGUUGGGAAUAGAAAACUUGAGAAUUGAUUAAAGGAAUCAUUCAUGUGCCACAUACUUUUCUGCAAAUCAGAGCUCGAAUUUUAUAGCUGGUGAUUGGAAAUUUAUUGAAAACUGGAUUGACAUUACAUGUGUACAACAUAAAUUUAUCUAGUUUUAGUUAAAUGCCAUGGAAAACUUAUUCCCUUUUUCAGACCAAGGCUGCUAGUCGUUAACUCAUUGAAAAAGCUUGUAAACUAUUAUUGCUUGAUUGCCACAGUGUCAUUUAUAUGGUAUGGAGUCUAAUGUAUGAAAUGUGAUUUACAAAGUACCUCAGACCUGUUUAUUUGGUUCUGAGAUGUAACCAUGUGUUACCUCAUUUCCUUGACUGAAGAUAUCAGUCAGUAAUUUUCAAGAUUUUAAUGGCAGAUCUUUGCCUCAUCCUGAUACAAAGGUGAAGUUUAUGAAUAUUAAUGAAGUUCUCAAGCACUAAUAUAACACAAUAUGAUCCAGGAACAUACAUCUGUUAAUGCAGAUAUAUUAGAUAACUGAAAUGUGUCGUCAUUCAUGUAUUUGUGGGUACAGCUACAAUAUUUUUGAUUCUAUGACCGUUUUGGCUUGUGAUACUGGAGAUGCUUGCUCCUUUUCACAGGCCAUAUACCAAUUCCAAGAUAAAUAGGUACAGAAAGUCUUUAUAGAUUUUAUGAAAUUAUUUAUAGAAGGUACAUGUAGGAUUAAACAUACUUGAGGUGCUUUUAAAAUGAGAAGAUAAUGCGCUAUUCAGCCCAUGCAUUUUACUCAUGUUUUUACCUUGAUGGACUGAAUAGCACAUAUGGAUUUUAUUUUUAUGAGCACCUUAAACACACAUUAUGCCAAUAAUUACUGAGAGAGACUGUAUCCUUUGAUUGCAGAGCAGAGGCAUUCAAUGUGUCCUGGGUAGAUACAUGGAGCUUAGAAAAAUAGAGGCCUAUGUGUAGCCCUAGGUAAUUUCUAAAGUAAGUACAUGUUCGGCACAGCAUUGUGGGCUGAAGGGCCUGUAUUGUGCUGUAAGUUUUCUAUGUUUCUGUGUGUCUUGGAACCUCUGACCCUAAGGAUCUUACUCAGGUGGACUCCGAUAUAAAGAGAGGCAUGUAGUUCAGGAUUUUUACACCUUAUGUCAUUGAAUUUUAUCAUAAUGUCCCUGUAACAUACUUGUAGAAGUUGGUUCCAGUUCCUCUUUGUGUAUGACAUCAACAUGCACAGGGACAAUUGAACACAGCAGCAAGGAGUACACAGUGUGUAAAUUCUCAGAGGAGAAAAUUCCUCUUUGUUCAGACUUGUUUCAGCAUUAGUUAAGGGGGACCUGAUCUGUUGCUGGGAAUCAGAGGUACUUAUCAUCUUUUACGUCUGUCCUAUUUAUAAUGAUUUGCUUUACUAUUCACUCUCCCACAUUUACUGAUGCAAUGGUGAUGCAUUGGAAGUCCAAAGUAGUUGACUAGCUUGGUAGUCUAAUUGACUCCAUUAUUUGUCUACCUGACCCCUACCAAUCUACAUUCACCACAGCCCCCAACCCCUGACGUAUCUUCUUUUCCUUCCCUAACCUGAUUCUGCUUCUAACUCCACCCAGAAUUCUCAAGCCUCCUACCCAGCUUUCAACUUAGUCCAGAGAGUUACUGGAGAAAGAUUUUUGUGUGCACAGCCUGUGUCACGCAGAAGGCUUUGCACAAACCAGCAUGCACAUUGAAGAAAUACCGCUCUGAAGUUCCUUUUCAGAUCUCAUGUAGUUUCUAUCUCAUAAUAUAUAUUUUCUUUAUUGUUAAGACAUAUUCUGCACAAUUCCUAUCAAGUCAAGCAAAUAUCACCUCAAAAAUAUUGGAAAUUACUGUUGAAGGAACAAAAUUAGUUAAAUUUCUGCUUUGGGAAAACAUUAAGUAAAUCCCUUUUUAAAUAAUUACUAGACGACCGGGUGACCUGUUGGGGCACCCUGUGAGAGAAAGGAGGUGCAGUCUGAUGUGACCAGAAUGAACAGUAAAUUUCCCUGAAUGCUAUUGCUAUCGCUUUGCUUUGGAAAUCAAAAAAGAAGAACUCAGUUUAUUAAGGAAGAAAGACACGUAGCAAGACAAAUAUAGCUCCUCCUUGUUUAACAAAGGACACUUUUGAUGACAGCAUUUCUGGUUGAUCUGCCACCCUUCAGGAAUGCUCUAACAUUUUCAUUUCUUUUUCCCCAGCUUAAAGCCACAUACAGCUGACCAGGCGGGAAUACCGGUUUCUCCAGAUAAAUCAACACAUUCUCCAUGGUUUGGCCUUGUACCUUAUGUAUAGUCAUAGCAAAGCAUGACUGCAUCGGGAACUGGCUCCGCUGAGGAGGAACAUUUUCCCCUUCUGAUAAAUUGAGAGUAAUUCUUGGAAACAUAACAAUGUCAGUUUUGAACUCACCAAUGUAUAUCUUUGCUACGAUGAGAUUGUCGUGCAGUUCUUCCACCAUCAUUCGCGUUCCAUUGCAAAACCUUGGUGGAUCCAAGUUCUUCACUGAAAUGAUGGGAAAUCCCCUCUUCAAUUCCAACUUAUGUGGUGGCAAUCCAGAGGGUUCAACCAAAUCAAGGAAUUCUGUUGGAAAAUGAGUGGCGUUAGCUCCUUCACUUACGGCAUUGAAGAAGCAGUAUUCUUUCAUGAUUCUAGGGAAGUGUCUAAUGCACGUUAAGCUUAUUUUUCGCAUCAUUUCAUUGAGAGGAACCAAGACAGAAUUCCUCGAGAACAUUUCUGCAGAAUUGUCGACUGUCGGGUAGAUGAAAUCAGUAUAUUCUUCCAUAGUUUUUGCUAGCAGAAUCAUAUCUUCAGGUAAUUCAAUUUCAUCGUUUUCAUUUUUCUCAAUCUUGUCUUCUCCAACAUCCAAUAAGAACUCAGAAUAUCGUCCUUCUCCCUCACUCAAUCGCAUGUUUCUCUUCAAGGGAAACGUGAUGAAGCUUCUCCAUAAGUAAGAUUUUUUUAAAUGCAUGAAUUCUCCACAUCAGCAUCAUUUCCUCGUUUCACAACUGCUAGAAACUGACGGACAUCGCCACAGCAAAUGGUUAAAAUACCCUGGAAGGGCUCAUUCUCGCUGCAUACAUCACGAAGAGUCGGGUCCACGGCUCCAAAGCUCUUCCUCCUAAUCAUGGGGCACUUAUCCCAGACAAUAAGCCUUGCAUUUCGGGGUAAAUUUGCAGUAUUGGUGUUUUUAUUGAUGUUACAAAGGGCAUCUUCAUUGACUUUGAGGGGUAUCUUGAAUCUUGAAUGCGCUGUCCUACCACCAGGCAUCAGUGUUGCUGCAAUACCCGAUAAUGCUACAGCAAUAGCAACACCUCCAUCUCCCCUAACCUUAGCGAGGAUUAAGUUGAUGAUAAUUGUCUUGCCCAUUCCUCCUGGUGCAUCAAUGAAACUCAUUGAAGAGAGAUUCCUUUCCAUUCAGUCGCACACAUAUUCAUAUACUUUGCUCACUAUUCAUUAGGGGCUCCUUCUGUGAAACAAAUUCCUGCUCGUCUCUGUUGUAUUGCAGUUCACAUAAUAAUUCCAGAUUGCCAGCACUUUGAGUAAUUGUACUAUUUCUUGGUGUCGGCAAGUUAUAUUCUUCAAGUGUUUUGCCCAAGUUCUCAAGUUUCUCUUGAAAAUACAGAAGAGCUUGUCCAUGAUGCCUUUCAUCAAUCAUGAUAUUAGGAUCAUCGAUUGUUCUCCUCUCCAUUUGUAAGAAAGCUUCAGACAUUGCAUUCUUGAACCGGUUCCAUAAUUGCUGUGGAUUGUUGAUUUCAGUGUUUGUUAGCAAGACGACAAACAAAUCUCUCGUUGCUCUGGGCAUUCUUGUUCUCUCUGCUUCUUCCAUAGUUUGCUGCCAAUGAUCGUCAGCUUGCAACAAUCCUCUCUCUCUGCAGACGUCUUUGAAUGAUGGAAGAAUACCUCCAUCAUGUGUUUUCAAUGAUUGGAAAGAUACUGGCCCCUUUAUGUGAUGAAAAAGUCUCAAAUAGUAGAGGUCACCACUUCGUGGAGAAACAGUAUACACUCGACCCGGAACAUUUGCUUCAAAAAUCCCAGAGUACUCCUCCAUUCUUUUCCCUAUUCUCCUUCUUUCCCAUGUCUUAUUAGUCCAAGUGUAGAAUCUGGGAAUAUCCGCAUAGUACAGAGUUCUUGCAAAUGAAUCGUGAGUGCAAAGAUCCAUGAAUUCCAUUAAAGUGUUUCUUGCCAUAUCAUUAUUCAGUUGUACAACAGCAUUAUCUCGAAAGAAUACUUAAUGCUGUUGGGGAAGGUGCACUUGAAGGCAAACAACUGCUAGUUCCCUCUCGUGAAUUGGAAAUCCAAGUAUCGAUCCGACAGCUUCAGAGGGCCCGAUAUAUCUGCCUGUCAAAUGCUGUGUGAUUUCGUCUUUAUUCACUCCAAAAAUUGCCCGAUCACUCCCCUUCAUGGUAUACUUGAUCACCUAUGUGAUGGACUUGACAGAUGAGCAUAUUUCUACAUUUAGAUGACAAUUGAACAGCCUCAACAGUUGGGCAUUAUAGGGGACCACCCAUUCAGAAGUUAUAGUUUGACUUUGUCGUCCUCCUUGAUGACCUUGGAAUCCUCCCAUUUCCACAGACUGUCUCCUAUACACAGGAUACGAAUCAUUCCCACACCUUGUAUGCUCAAUGAAUGGCUUCGGGUACCUCUUACUGCAUGUACCUUGUUGCCAACACGGUGAUUUAGUGGUGUAAUACGGACCAUGUAUCAUGUGCCCCAAGACCAGUUCAUGCAGCUCUGGAUCUUCAUUUGGGUGUUGUAUUUCUGCUUGCACGAAUCUAUCAUAAUCUUGUGGUCUCGGCUUGGAUGCUUCAUCGAGCCACAGCAGAGAGUGCAAAUGAGGCAGACCCCACUUUUGGUAUUCCACACUUAUAGUGUAAGCGAUACACCUACCAAAGAGACCAUCUGUUCCAGUGAGGUACUUCAUAAACAACUUUCUUUUCAAAUCAAACACUCUCGUGAUUAAAUCCGGCCGAUCGUUUGGUUGCUGAUGCAAAUAAAAGAUGCUGUCAGAUUUCGGGCCAGUUUGGAUUGCAUGUCAUUGUAAUGAAAAAUGAAGCAUUACAAUACUUCCGUAUAUACAUCAUGGCGUCCUGACAUCGUUCCAUCAUGUAUCUUGGUCCACUGACAAAUGUUGAGAGGAUGAUGCACCUUCCAAUGUUUCUGAAAUCACCAUCAUCAUUCAAUGCAUCAGUCAGGCCACUGUAUGUUGUUGAUCUCAAGGCUGCUUGAUUCAUUCAGAUGUAGCUCAGCCUCUCACCUUCAAUCUUAGCAGCUGUAUAGACCAAGUAUUGUUGGAAUAGACGUCCUCCUCUUGAGACAGUUAUUAAAUUCAUUCUCAUGGUUCAUUAUUCGAUACGCAUAAUAACGCAUUGCCGUCGGUUUUUUGUUGUUCGUCAUUCGGAGUUGAUGAUGCCAGCCAUUGCCUCCAAGUGGAAAGAAAAGUACGUAUUGAAAGCUGUCAUAUGAGCGAUGGGACCCUGAAAUUAUUUGCAAAUCACCUUCUCGUUCUUUCAACACAAUGUGCCCUGAUCUUGCUUUGGAUUCGGUGCUGUUUGGUAUAAUGACAGCAACUUCAUUGGCAAUUUGUGCAUUAGAUCUUCUCUCAUGUUCAAAUGCUCGUCUCCAGUCAGGAUCAAUGACAAUGGACGCCUCUGGCAUGCCUCAAAUUUGUUCUUUUGCAAGUUGAAGGGACGCAAUGUACGGGUUUCGUUGUAGUGGGUUUUCCAAUAAUUCAACAAUCUUACAUUGAAUUCCUUCAUUCUGUAGUAUCCCCAUUCUCAAUUCUAUGCUGUCUUGAGGAUCCAUGAAGUAAAUUUGAAGGAAUCCAGCUUGCUGUUUGGGGUCUGGCAUUAAAUGUUUGAUGUAAUGAUGGAUUUGGCCUUGAAUAAUCACAGAAGGAUUCCAUCCAUUCCUCGUUGGAAGGACUUGUUUGGCACCAAAGGAUGUCAUUUGGAAGAGGCAAUUGUAUUGUCUGAUGGUCUUCCUGAACUUGUUUGCAAUAGGUUCACCAUUGCUGUAUAAAUUGAGGAGUUCACUGAGUAGAGGUUGCAAAUUGCCUGUCCUGACCUUUUCCCUUCAUACAGCAGAAAUUUGCGUUUGCUGCAGUGAAUAGGAAGGCAUGACAGUGAGGGCAUACUCUGGUCAUCGUACCAACAUCAGCAGAAAUGUUACGACACGCGAGUCAUGCAUUUUGCCUUGCUCUUUCUCUGUCGAGGUAUUGUUGAAAGCGGGGAUUGUUGUCUUCAGCAACUCUCACAAUAAUUACUCUUUGCCGCAUAUUCUUGAGUAGAUCUUUCCUUUUCUCCUCUGUGUCUUACUCUGUCUUCUUUCAGUGCCUGUUUUUGUCAUUCUGGAGACGCGCAGCCCUUUCAUCCCCCGUCUCUUCAUCUCUUUUACUAUUUGUUCUUUGUCUCUGAUCCUGGGGACGUGCAUUUCUCAGUUCCUCUGUCUCUUCCUCUCUCCUCCUUCUAUGCCAGUUGUUGUCAUUCUGGAGACGCGCAGCCCUUUCAUCCCCCGUCUCUUCAUCUCUUUUACUAUUUGUUCUUUGUCUCUGAUCCUGGGGACGUGCAUUUCUCAGUUCCUCUGUCUCUUCCUCUCUCCUCCUUCUAUGCCAGUUGUUGUCAUUCUGGAGACGCGAAGCCCUUUCAUUUUUCAUCUCUUCUACCAUUCGUUCUUUCUCUCUGAUCCUGGAGUCGUGCGGCCCUGGCCUGAUCUGAUUCUUGUUCUCUUCUCCUUCUGUGCCUAUUGUUGUCAUUUUGGAGAUGUGCAUGUCUCUCCUCCUCUGUCUCUUCUUCUCUCAUCUUUUUUGUCCUGAGUCUUUGAUCCUGGAGUCGUGCGUCCCUGGCCUCAUCCGAUUCUUGUUCUUUCCCUCUUCUUGCUGCUUCCCGAUGACACGUAAUCUCUUGACCAUAAUGUCCCCCUUCUCUUUCCACGCAGCAUAAUUAGGCUGACCAUAUGUUCUUACCUUAAUGCUGGAUAGAAGAUAUGAAGCAGUAACACCAAAGCCUCCAGGAUGCUGUUUUCUCUUGAUGAUGUGGUUGGCGCUCUCCUAAAUGGACGUGAUAUAGUCACCGCUGUCCUUUGACUACAGCAAAGGGUUUGAUGGGUGUUUCAAAGUACUUCAUUACAAUAAGAUUUAAUUAUCUCUUAUUGAUGGGUCGCAAUUUGAUCUGUCCCAAUCCUGCACAUGCCGAUGGUGAUUAGCAGAAUGUGACCACCCGAAAUAGAGCUGCCCUGCCCUUUUGCUGUGGUUGGUGUCGCUGCUGUGAGCAUCGUGAGGCGCUGCUGUGGCUGGCCUUGCGCAUGCGUCGUGUCACGUCACGGUUUCCAUGAAAGCUGGAAUUGGGUGUAGAAAGCGGGGCCUGUUGACGAGUGAGCUAUUUUAAACGAAUAUAACCCUGACCUUUGCAUGCAUUCUGUAAGUUAGCGCAUUUUAAGUCCAUUUAGUCAAAAGAAGUGCUGCUUUAAUGCACCAUUUGGGCUAUUUUGAGGGCACAAACAGACAAACUGACAAACAAUGAAAAUUUUAGUAAUGUAUAGAUCUGUUUUCCACAAAAAAAUUAAAUAAAGUUGUUCUCUCUAGUUUUAUAUGGAUGAGGCCAAGUGUUUGUAACAGCAGACCUUGUAUAGAACACGAGGCUGUAAAUAUUACAAAAUGAACUCAAAUUUAAAUUGAAUCUUAAUAGCAAUUGAGAUUAGCUCUUAGUUCUGUUUUAAUUCCCAUCACGAAUGAGGUCUGGCUGACUUGCUGUGUUUGUUUUCUUCUACUUGGAGGCACUGUUUUGUUGCUGAAAGAAUAGAUAUAUUUACUGAAUAUCAGGCUAGAUUUAUAUAAAUCUGUGAACAAAUCACCAAAAAUUAUAAUGGUGUAGCGAACUCAAAGCACUAGUACACACUUUCAGCUCUAUUGUAGAAUGUCUACAGAUGUGGUGCUGCUUUAUCUUGGCAAAGUUUUAUUUUCAUGUAUGUAAAAUUAAAGUAGAUGUAAAAACUAUGGAGCAGAUCACCAGAGUGUAUGAAGUAGCUUGCAGACUAAACCAAAUCCAUACUUGUUCUGUGGAGUAGGAUAGAUUAAUCCACAACAAUCCAGGCUCUCCAGAGAUGAUUAUCUUUGUCUUUAAAUCAGAAAGAUUGACUUCUUCAAAACUUUUCAGAGCUCACACUUGUUUACAGGUUCCAGCCAUAUAAAUUACUGAUGAGGACAGGGUUCACUGUUAUCCCAAAAUAUCACAGUUUUGUUUCAUGAGGCAGAACUGUUAAAGGCCCAGAAGGGAAAGUCUUCAACUGGCACAAGAUCUUGAGCCAGAAGGAUGACUUUUCUUUUAGGUAAAGCUGCUGCUUUGAUUGUGACAUCCUUGUGGUUAACAUCUCUGACCCUCGUUCCUUUAUGGUCUCUAGUAACUUGUAAAAAUUUUCUCAGUAGAUUAUUGAGAUAAAUUGGUUCUGGUUGUGUGGUCUUGUUCACAUUGAUAAACGUGUACUGUAAUGUGAGAUAGGACAUGGGUGAACUUCAGCCAUUACAUCUUUAAGCUAUCGCUGAUAUAUUUUAUUCUCAUCAUUUAUUAACUUUGAGUUACUUCUACAAUAUUCUGCAUUCUUCAUUUCCAUGACAAUAUGCACUUACUGUGCCACAAAUGGCUCACAAUUCUUCCAGUUUUUCUUUUGUCUUUAACUUAUUAAAGCAGUGAUGGAAAUUAAUAGAAAAACCUUCAUUAUCACAUUUAAUAUCAUAUCUUCAACUGCUUUAUUUGUAGCAUUGUGGAUAGGCAAGUAUCACCAGAAUUUUUUUAUUGUUACUCUUGUCAUAAUUUAAUUCUUAUUGCCAUUGCUUACAGAAAAAUAUUAUCCACUCCAACCAUUGCUGCUAACUUCCAAGUGAAAGUUUGAUGUAAUUUUGUUUAUUUCUCCAAAUAUCACAUUAGCUGCUGAUGCUUCAUUUCUGUGAAAGCUAAGUGGAGACUCUUAUCACCCAAGAACAUUCAUAUUGGGUUCAUUUUCAGUAAUCCUGUAUCACUACACUAAUGUAUCACAAGGGCACAAUUUUCACUUGCAUUUUCUUAACAAAGUUUGCUUUGAAAUAAUGUUGAAGUGUAAAUUAAUGAUAGGCAUUUCCUUGUCUUUGCACUUGCACCCUUGUUGCUGUUACGGACAGUGCAUACCCAAAUGUGCAGCUAGGGUAAUCUUGUGCAUGUGCAGGCUCGUGUAUUUUCAUGUUCUGCAAGGAAAAUCCUUUUCAAGCUCCAAAUCUUAAACAUGCACAGUAGUAAUUUUUAACCGCAAUGAGUGCAGGAGAUCUUUGCUGUGAUGAUAAUGAGGAUGGGAGAUGGAUCUUAAAUCCAUUUGACUCUCACUAACCAUUGGGAGUUGACAUCUCUUGAUUUCUGUUUUAAAUGCAAUACAUAUUGCCCCAGGAAAUCAGUUUAUCAUGGCAAGGUUUUUUUUUAUAUAGUUUGAGGGAUGUUGUGAAGAAUGUGAACAGGUUAGGGUAAAUGCAAAUAAGAUUAGCCAUGAUUUAAAUGAAUGGCCAGUCAUGCUUUACAGAAGUAGCUUAUUUGAUCUCCCAUAUUUUAUUUUAUUUUAUUUCCAAACUAAAACCAUGAUGCUUGAUAAUUACAGAUCUUGAAUUUUCAGAAUAUGGGCUAGUAAAUCCUGAGCCUAUAACCAACUGAUUAGAACAAUACAGUGUGGCAUGGAGACUUCACAGAAUGAAAUUCGAGCUCUGAGAACAUUAUUGUAUUACCAUGUCUUGCCUUUUACAUUCUAUCAAUGUAUGAUGCCAUCCUGAGUUAAUGCUUAUCAUCCAAUUUGGGUGGUCAGUCUUUUGUUAUCUCCUUUUAUUGUUUUGAAAUCACAUGAUUCUUAAAUGUUCAAGAAGGAAUACAAAAAUCCAGUUAGAUAAGUGUGAGUCAUAUUAAAUCAUUAUAGUAGGAUUCUUCCACAUAAAAAAGUGGCUGAACCAAAAAAAAUGAAGCAUGUGCUGAGUUAAUAUUUUAUGAAGCGACAUACAAGGUAGUAAUUGGAAAGAGCAGCUAAACCCAUACUCAAAAAAACCUCAGAGCAAUUGCCAUGAUUUUAAAUGCCUACGCUCCACUUUACCUCUAGUCACGGUUAAAAAUAAGUAAAAGGAAGCUAAUUUUCAUCCUCUUGCAGCAUUUGCAGUUGGUCACUGAGGUCACCUUCAGCACAUCAGAGAUAAGAGUAGUCUCAGCUUUGGAUAGACUGGUUUCAAAAAGCAUGGAAUGAAUAUUCCACUUGCAAUAAAUCUUGGAAAGGUUUUUCCCUACUGCUUUAGGACAGAACAUUUUCUGAAGAAGUUUCAUAGUGCUCAACAAGAAGGAGAACUCAGCAAUCUAGGUGAUUAUGAAAUUUGCACUCAGAUAGCAGGAACCAAAAAUCCAGAUAGCUGGCUAAGUAUUUAAUGUUCAGACUCUUGAGAAAUGUUGGAUUUUGGUUUACAAUGGAAUUACAGAAAAAUAGUAACUUUAAUUUAAACUGUUACAGAAAAAAAUUCAUUCUGCUCCAUUGUUUAAUCCUCAACCAACAGAGCACAAGUGAAAACUUCCAGUUCUUAAUUUUAAAAAAAAGUAAUUUCUGAUGUUACAGUUAUAUUAGAGCGUGAAAAAGAUUUAAUUAAUGUGCAAGAUUGGUGUUUGAAACUGUUCAAAUCACUUGAGCUGAUGGCUCACAGUUAGUAAUUACGAAUACACAGAUAUACAAGAUAAGUUAUAUUUCUUUUAUAUCAUAAUUUAUUAAAGCUUUUAUAUUUAAUUUCUUUGGGCAUUUACUUUUUUGGCUUGCAGCUCACAAGCAAAAAUAAACAUGGUUAUAAUUAACAAUAAGCUUUGUUAGCUGCUAAUCUUUAUUUUCAAUACCAUAUCUGAAUAGGAAGUGUAAUGUUAAAAAUAUUCUUCCCAUUGUUUUGACUUUCUAAUUAGAUGUGAUUUUUGAAUAGGCUUCAAUGAUAUUUUAAAUUUACAAUUUCUUGUUAAUGUAAGCCAAGUUCUAAUACAUGUAGAAACAGUUAACAUUAUCUGUCUGGGAUAGCCAAUGAUGAUAAUCAAGCGGUGCAUUUCACGGAGGCAAGGCCACUAAGCUAGUUUUGGUGUGAUUUCCUUACUUAUCAUUCCGGUUCAGUUAUAUUCCUCCAACUGCAGAGGCGUGAGAUGCAGAUUCCACAUUCUUCCAUCAAGCAGCAAAAAAUGAUUAUAGAAAUCUUAUGCUAAACUGUAAAACAAACCUUCUCUAAUUUUCUAAUAUUUUUAAUGUAUUACAGUGCACAUUUUCAAACUAGUUUUUUAGGAAUUGUUUGUUGCUGUGUGAAGUUAGUGUGUACAUUUGGACAAUUUGUAAAUAAAAUUUUGAUUGUUCAGCAACUGGAACUUGUUUCAUUUUUUU